UGUCGUAUGUCUGUGCGCUUCCCUCUGUGCUCUGACAGCUCUGCAGAUUCGCACACACGCGAGAUUAUCACAAGAAACCUCGCUUGGCAAAUGUCUAUCGCCGUAAGCGCUGCAGGUAUCCAUUUGCCGAUCUCUUGACGUUCAAAUUUUUGUGGAUGUCGCCAGGUGAGCACGAUGACUGUAUUGGUACUCUGGCAUCAGACCCAGCAGCUCCAAAAUCCCGGCACAUAUAAGGAUUUCAGCGACCGAGUUUCAAUGAGCGAGAGCCUGUCGCAAAUUGAUUGCAAAGCCCCUGUACCCAGCAGUGCCCCCUCCUUCAAGUUGGCAACGAGGUCUGAGAACACCACAGACCAAUACGAGCCUGACCCUUCACACAACAUCAACCUGAGAAUGCGUCUGCAACUAAAGACAUGCAGCGGUGUUUAUAGACGCCACCUAGCUGAUGUUUUGGUAGGUUCCAUGCCAAUGGUGUCUUGGUGCGAGAUGACCACUCCUUUUCAGCAGUGCUGGAAGGAAGGGAGUUGACUGGGCGCAAGCUUACGCAGACACGAGCCAAAAGGAUAUUGGUGAGCACGUCUGCUUCCAGAUAAAUAGAAGAAGUGAUGCCGUGUCCGGGGCAUCAUGAAUUCGGGAUGGCUAAAGAGUUCAAGAUCUUCCCGACAGAGGCUUCACGUCGAUCUGAGGAUACUCCCGGCGCUAAAUGGACGGGCGUCGGGGCGAAGUCUGCGGAAAUAUUAGUGCCAAUAGACACGAAGCUAAGAAGCACCAGAGAGCAACGGCUUGAGGGGAGAUGAGCGACGUUGACUUGGGAUUGGGUGUUUCCAAGAAGCUGCGACUUGAGGACCAAAUAUCUAAGACCUAGCUAAGGCUUCUCCUACAGCGGAGAAGACCUGCCUAACCUGCCUCCAUCUCCUGUGAGACUGUGAGAGCCAAACCCAGCUUGGCAUGGGAGGGGGCUGCCCACCCACUGAUUGACGGGAAUCGAGCAUCCCGCACGUGCACUGAACUUCCUAUCUGGGGUUGCCUUGGGUGCACAGAUCCCUUUGAGAGCCCAUCUUAC